GCAGUGUGUUCAGAGUGGCGCUGAGACUCCCAAGUGCCAAACACACGCAGGAGCGCACACACGUUUCUCCGCUCAGUCUGAAGGACGAACUGAGUGAGAGGAAGCCAAAAACAGCAUUUGGAAACAUCGAAAACAGGGAAGUAGGAGGACUCUAGCGCAUCAGUGUCAGUGGUGGAAAAGUGAAUCUGUCAUCGGCAUGUUCAGCUGGGUGAAACAGGAGCAAGGUGGACGCAACAAGGAAGGAGAGAUGUACCAGACGGUGACGGAGGGACUUCAGAGCCUUUACAGCAAGAAGCUGCUGCCGCUGGAGGAGACCUACCUCUUCCAUGACUUCCACUCUCCGGCCCUGGAGCCCGCUGACUUCCAGAGCAAGCCCAUGGUGCUGCUGGUCGGCCAGUACUCCACCGGGAAAACCACCUUCAUCAGGUACCUGUUGGAGCAGGAUUUUCCGGGGAUGCGGAUCGGUCCGGAGCCGACCACCGACGGCUUCAUCGCGGUGAUGUACGGCGAGAACGAGGGUGUCGUCCCUGGCAAUGCUCUGGUGGUCGACCCCAAAAAACCUUUCAGGAAGCUCAAUGCAUUCGGGAACUCCUUCCUCAACAGGUUUAUCUGCUCUCAGAUGCCCAAUCAGGUUCUUCAGAGCAUCAGCAUCAUCGACACUCCUGGUAUCCUGUCUGGAGAGAAACAACGAAUCAGCAGAGGUUAUGACUUCGCAGAGGUCCUGCGUUGGUUCGGGGAACGGGUGGACCGGAUCAUUCUGCUGUUUGACGCUCACAAACUGGACAUCUCGGACGAGUUCUCCGAGGCCAUCAAAGCCUUAAAAGGACAAGACGACAAGAUCCGAGUCGUCCUCAACAAGGCCGACCAGGUGGACACGCAGCAGCUGAUGCGAGUGUACGGCGCCCUCAUGUGGUCACUGGGGAAGGUGAUCAACACACCGGAGGUGGUGAGAGUUUAUCUUGGUUCCUUCUGGGCCAAACCCCUGCAGAACACGGAGAACAGGCGUUUAUUUGAGGCGGAGUCUCAGGACCUCUUCAAGGACAUCCAGAGUCUUCCGAGAAACGCAGCGCUCCGUAAACUGAACGACCUCAUCAAGAGAGCGAGGCUGGCCAAAGUGCACGCUUACAUCAUCAGCUACCUGAAGAGGGAGAUGCCGUCUCUGUUCGGACGGGAGAAGAAGAAGGAGGAGCUGAUCAUGAGGCUGCCGGAGAUCUACACCAUCUUGCAGAGAGAGCAUCACAUCAGCCCCGGAGACUUCCCCAACGUCACCAAGAUGCAGGACAUGCUGCAGCACUACGACUUCAGUAAGUUCCCAUCUCUUAAGAUAAAGCUGAUUGAGUCGGUGGAUAAGAUGUUGGCCACAAAGAUCGCAGGUCUGAUGGCGAUGAUUCGUGAUGAGGAGUCCAAGCUGCCUCCAGCCAUGGUGUCGGGCGGUGCCUUCGAGGGUUCCCAGGACGGGCCCUUCGGUCAGGGCUACGGCGAGGGAAUCAGCGCCGGGGCUGACGCCGAGGACUGGAUUGUCAGCCGUGAGAAGCACCGUUAUGACGAGAUCUUCUACAUGCUGAUGCCCAUCAACGGGAAGAUCACCGGAGUCAACGCCAAGAAGGAGAUGAUGAACUCGCGGCUGCCGAAUACCGUGCUGGGGAAAAUUUGGAAGCUGGCCGACUGCGACCGGGACGGCAUGCUGGACGACGAGGAGUUCGCCCUCGCCCAGCACCUCAUCAAGAUCAAACUGGAAGGCUACGAGCUGCCCAACGAGCUGCCCGACCACCUAGUGCCCCCGUCCCACCGCAAAAACCCCACCGCAGAAGCCCUGUACAACCACAGCGAGGACUAGAGCGCUAACAGGGCGCACAGCUCGCCACCAAAGAGACUGGUUGAGCUGAGAAGAAGUCCAAAUAUUGCUGAUGAUGUUCAGACUAACCAAUCAGCAGCGUGACCGCUACAGAAGGUCAAAAUUUUGGAUUUACACACAGAGGAGUUCCCCAAGAUGAUCUCCAACCACCGCUUACUCAACCUGCUAAUCACACGCUUAAAUAACCCGCCAGUAGACCAACAAACUGACUGAGGAUGUCAAAAUAUUAUGCUGUUAUUUUAUAUAUAUUGUCAAAUUCAGCUGAUUUCAAGGCAAGAAAGAAAGAAAAUUUGUUGGCUUUAUAUUUUACUAAUUCUGUUUUUUGAAGAAGUAUCAUAUUUAACCAACUUCCUGCCUUAAUUUCUCUUCCUUCAUGUAGUAACACAUGAGCAGUCUGGGAAAAAAAAGAUCACCUACAAUAUAUUGACUUGCUGUAACUUGCUUGUAGCACAAAUACUGAUGUGGAAACAGAUUAACAAACACAGACUGUUAAACAAAACACUUGGUUUAACAGUCUGUGUUCUGAUGAAUAAACGGUUCAAGGUGGAAAAGAUAAUUUAAGGAGCGCUCGGUCAAGAUGCGCUCAUGGGAACAUAUAAAUUACUUUUAGUUGAAAAUUUUAAUGUGGGCACAUACAGAAAUCCAUCACCACAAAAUGUUCCUGAGUUUCCAGUAUUUUCUCUCUUUUUCUUUUUCAUUUAUAUUUACUGAGGAGAUUCAGUUUUUCUUUUCACAAAAUCUGUCAGACCUGCCAUUACUUUCACGAUAAAGCUAAUAUAUUAAUUUUAAAAAAUCUUUGAAUAAUUUACCCUCUAAAAUGUUAAGAAAAAUAACAACAGUCCACACAGAAUUGUUCUCUAGUUGUAACCAGCAAAUUCAGAAUUAGUUAUUAGAAUUGUUGUUUUUUAUUUUAAGUUGGUGGACUGACUGUUUCACUGUGUUUCUGAGUGAAACUCUUCACAAUCCUGAAUCACAACAGUCAUAACAACUGUUACUGAAGACAAAACAGUGUUAAGAUGUUAAAUAUAUCACUUGAAGGUAAUGUAAAAGGCACCGAGGAACAAAAAUCCAAAAAUCACCAAAUUAGGCUCAACAAGUCUUAAUAUGACACGUUCCAGAGUGGUCUGUACGUCCAUGUUUUAGAGCGGGAAGCUGUUUCUUACAGUCGUCUCCACGUGACAGACGAGUGCAGAAUAAGUCCCAGAACCAGGACAUAAGUGUACAGGUUCUUAAGAGGUCAAAGGUUAUGUUUUAACAGCACACAGUCAGGACAAGAUGACAGUGGAAAUGGCAGCUCGCCGUUAACUCAUCCUCCGGGACGGACGCCGUCCUGAAACGUCAGUCGACAGUUUCCUCGCAUUGUAAAGAGCAGCAGAGAGGAGGAGAGCCGGUGACCUUUGACCCCUGCUGACUGCAUACUUUCCCUCUUAUGGGAACUAUGUAAACAGCAUGUUAAAGCGAGAAAAAAAUUAAGAAAUGAGUCAGAUUUAGAAGUUACCUUUGCACGUUUUCCCAUCCGUGCCUAUUUGUUUCAGAGCCUUUCAAUACAAAAAUGUGCUGUUUUGAGGUUGAGUUUGGUGAAAACACUUUUGCAGCAGUGCCUUUUCAGUUCAGCACACCUCAGUUAGACGCGUUUUGAUGCCCUCUGUUUCUAUGACAGGACUGUAAUCAUCUUUGAGGAUUCAGCAGCUGGGCGGCUUCUAGUGCCUUUAACACGCAAAGAAAUACAAAGAUCUAAGGUUAUAGCAUCGUGCACUGCCUCUGUAAAGCCAUCAGCCAUAUCUGUCUCUGAUUUUAGGGUCCAAUUUUAGUGAAUGAAGGAAAACUGUGUGGUGGUUUCAGGAGCCUCGACAAAGCGGGAAAAUUCUGUUGUUGAUGUUUUCUGUGUGUAAAGAUGCGUCUCUCAGUCAAACUGUACAUUCAAUGAAAAGUUCUGAUUUAAUCAUUUAUCAGAAUGUAAAGGUUUUUAUUUUUGUGAUUUUGAUGUAUUUUGUAUUCUUGUUGUUUAAAUGUGUUUCGCGUCAACAGUCCUGUUACUCUGUUCUUAUGAUGUCGUCCUGUUCGCAGCCAUGGAGACUAAUAAAGUUUAUUCAAUACAUGUCACUUAA